AUGAUUUUACUGAUGCAGAUAUUACUGAUUUGUAACACGUUGCUGGUCAGUAGAGCGCCACGACUACUUCACUCGCUCCCACACACACACUGUGAAUUUGUAAAUGGAUCCAUAUAUAUGCAUACACUGCACGAGAGCUUGCUCCAACAAUCCAUGGCCUCCGACCAUGAGCGCCUCCGCGCGCUCAAGGCCUUCGACGGCACCAAGGCCGGCGUCAAGGGCCUCGUCGACGCGGGCGUCACCACCAUCCCCGCCAUCUUCCACCACCCGCCCGAGUCCCUAGCCGACGCGCCCCAUCAUCACCGUGGUCACCACCAGUUCGCCAUCCCGGUCAUCGACCUCGCCGGCCUCGGGACGCCGUCGGAGCGAGCCUCGGUGGUCGGCGCGAUGAAGGCGGCCGCGGCGACCGUCGGCUUCUUCCAGGUGACGAACCACGGCGUGCCGGAGUCGGCCAUGUCCAAGGUCCUCGCGGCGGUGCGGCGCUUCAACGAGGAGCCGGCGGAGGCCAAGGCGCCGUACUACAGCCGGGACCCGAAGCGGCGCGCUAGGUACCAGUGCAACUUCGACCUCUUCCGGUCGCCGGCGGCGAGCUGGCGCGACACGCUCUACAUGGAGAUGGCCCCGGAGCCGCCGCCGCCGGAGCAGAUCCCGCCGGCGUGCCGGACCAUCGCGCCGGAGUACACGCGGCUGGUCCAGCGGCUGGGGCGCAUCCUCUUCGGGCUGCUGUCGGAGGCGCUGGGGUUGAGCCGAAGCUACCUGGAGGAGGAGGCCGGGUGCCUGGAGGGGCUGAGCGUGGGCUGCCACUACUACCCGGCGUGCCCAGAGCCGCGCCGGACGCUGGGCACCGCGAGGCACUCCGACCCCAGCUUCCUCACCGUGCUCCUCCAGGACGCCGUCGGCGGCCUCCAGGUGCUCGUCGAGGAUGAGAAACGGCGACCGGCGUGGGUGGACGUGCCGGCGGAGGCGGGGGCGCUGGUGGUGAACGUCGGCGACUACCUGCAGAUCCUGUCCAACGACCGGUUCAGGAGCGUGGAGCACCGCGUGGUGGCCAGCAGUGCCGGGCCCCGGGUCUCCGUGGCAUGCUUCUUCCGUGCCGACGCGUCGACGAGGGUGCUCGCGCCCAUCGUCGCCGGCGGUGAUGGCGACGGCCGCGCGCGGUACCGGAGCACGACUGUGCCGGAGAUGCUCCGGCACUACGGCACCAAGGGCCUGGGCGGCGUGUCUGCGCUCCAGCGCGUCAGGAUCUGA